AUGGACGGAGAGCCGGGUUCUGUAGGUGCUCCAGGAAGCAGUCAAGUAGCUUCUGAUCCUGGAAAUGCUUAUGGAGAGACUGUAAAUCCUGGCUGUGGGAAAUGUCCUGCUGGUCCAACCGGUUUGCCUGGAUAUAAGGGCAAAAGAGGGCCGAGAGGAGAUAAGGGAGCAAAAGGAUCUCCUGGUGCACCGGGUCGAGAUGGCCAACCUGGUGAUGAGGGACCUGAAGGGGAAAUCGGUCUUCCUGGUGAUAUUGGCGAUGCAGGUGUGAAAGGCACACCUGGAGAGGAUGGCGUUGGAUAUGCAAAAGGAGAUCCUGGACCAAAGGGAGCUGCUGGCCCGCUCGGUGAGGCUGGAGAUGAGGGCCCAACCGGUGAUAGAGGUGAUGAUGCUGCACCAGGUCCCCAAGGACCGAUUGGUCCUCCAGGUGCACGCGGUGACAAAGGAAAAGAUGGCAUAAAUGGAAGUCCUGGUACCCAGGGAUUGCCUGGUAAACUAGAAUAUUAUCUUUAUUAA